UAGUGAACAGUCAAUGUGUACAACGGAUCAGCGUGGCAUGGCAUCGUCCGUACAGGCACAUUUGCACGCGAGCAGUACAAGGCCAGGUUAUGCCUCGAAGGACCCACUUCCGGCGGCACUUGCGGCACGGUGCAAAUCACCCUCAGCGACGGGUGUUAUUGCCGUCAAAACACCAUUCUCGAUCGAGGACAUUCUUUUCCAAAACGGUGGUGGUGGUGGUGCCAGUGUUGGACAUCCAAACAGUCCGUCGAGAGAGCGUGCGAUUCCGUCACCCGCCGAUCGUCAUCCGGUAGAAUCGGAUGCAGACGAAUCGGAUACCGGAGAAGAUUCGCCAGAAGUUGCCACUGUUCCGACGGUUAACUCUGUAAACAGUCAUCGGAGUAAGAGCUCGUGUGAGUUAAGUGUAUCCGACCGGAGUGUUGUUAGUGGUGGUUGUGGAGAAAACAAUGCAAAACCUGGUGCAGAUAGUGUUAGUGUGCGUGGACGAAGCGGUCAGGAUGGGAAUGGAUUGGUUAAAGGUGGUGAAGAUGACUAUCGGAAGUUAGUGAUGCAUUCGGAAAGAUUUGGCAGUAGACUAAACUUGGACCCCAGCAGCACACCUCACCAACCCACAUCAGCUCCCCGAGCUCAACAACCACCGCCACCACCUCCUCCACCGGCACCUACGGUGAGCAAUUCCGGCCCAGUACAAUUCACUAGCGGACCGUCGGCCGGCGUCAUGUACACGACCAACCCGUACAGUGAUCCGGGCUAUCUGCAGAUGGCACUCGGCGCCUACCUAGCACCGUCGGCCAGUGGAUACAAAACGGUCGAUCCAUACUUCCUCUCGCAAGGAAUUUUCGCCAGCUCGCCUCUAUUUCCCGGUGCCGGUUGUCCGGAUAUUGCGCUCGGUUUGGGCAUGGGCAUGAGUGCGCUGCGCCAUUGCCGACGUCGGAAAGCUCGGACCGUGUUCAGUGACCCGCAGCUGACAGGGCUGGAGAAGCGCUUCGAGGCACAACGCUACUUAUCGACACCGGAACGUGUCGAGCUGGCGUCCGCGCUCGGGCUGAGUGAAACGCAAGUGAAAACCUGGUUCCAGAAUCGGCGCAUGAAGCACAAGAAGCAGCUACGGCGACGUGAGGUCAAUGCGGCCGAUACGGGCGGAUCGGGUUCGGGUCAGAAUGGUGGAAGCACCAACUCAUCCUCUUCAUCCUCCAGUCGACUUCAUGGAGCAGCUCCAGCGUCCUCUACCGGAUCAACCACUUCAACCUCCUCGUCUUCCUCGUCCGGUUCGUCAGGAUCGGCCACCACCACAGGCGGUGAGAAAGGUGGCUUUACUGUCUAUAGCAACGGAAAAGCCGCUCCAGGUGGAGUGUCACUCGGCAACAAACCUCCACCCAGCUCGUCCGCUUCCUCUUCCGCCUCUUCCUCUUCGUCCAGCUGUACCGGUGCGGGCAUGCUAAAGCCCUUAACGUCCGGCAGUGGAUCGAUGCACUCAUCCUUUAGCUUGGUGAAACGGUCCGCGGCUGCUGCAGCGGCGGCGGCUGCGGCUGCAGCUGCCACCAUGAACAAUGGUGGCUCGGGAGCAUCGAUUCACCAUCCGUUUCAUGCUAAUCAUCAUCAUGCACCAUCGCAUCCCCAUCACCAUCAUAACCAUCAUCAGACGCCGCAGCAGCAUCAUCCGGGAGCUGGUGGACCUUCGGGGCCUCAUCACCUUUUGGCGACCCACCACCUAUCGCAUCUUGGCCCUCCACCUGGCCACCGUACACCACCGACUAGUGAGGAUGAAAAUGAGAUGAUGAAUGAUAGUGAUUCCGAUUGUAGCGACGUCGAUAUUGUUGGGGACGAUCAAGGUUAUCUUACGUAA